AUGAAGGAGCGGACGGUCACAGAUGAUCCGCCCCGACCUCUGAGGCAACCACGAGACAGGGAGGGAAGCACCAGUGCUCCGCACCAGGAGGCUCAGCCGAAUGCAGCAGAGACACAGCCACCUCAGCCUCCUCCAAUUGAUGAGAACUCCAAAGAGUACCGGAUGCAGAUGUCCCAGUUUUGUGUUAUGCAGGAUUUCUGUUUUCAGUAUGGGCUGUCAGGGAGAGUUCUGACUCAUCAGACUGAUCUGUGGGAGGAAGCACAUCGCUUCAGAGAUAGAUUCUCCAGACCGCCUCCAGCACCUCAUUUUGGCCAGUUCACCUUUCCUUGGUGGAACCAGCCAGUGCAGAUAGGGGGAGAGAUUCCACAGCAGCCACCGCACCAGACACCACCUCAGCAGCAGCAUACUCCGUCGGGCAACACAGAGACAUUGACGCCUAUCUCUGCCUUCGCACGAGGGCACACUAUGUUGGACCCGACAGAUAUGAUUAACUUUGAUACCCAUAUGCAGGACGGUGGACAGAGUGAUUGA